CACUUCAGUGUUAAAGAGAGUCCCCGUCUGUCAGCCAGAGAAGUGUGCGUGCAUGUGUGAAAAAGAGAGAGUAUGUGUGGAUGCGUUAUGGUAUUAAGCGGUGGAAAGAAAGUGGAGGUUUAUCUGACUUGGACUUGUUUCUUUCUAACCCUCUCCAGGACUACAGGGCGCUCCUGCUGAGUUGCCGGCCGGCUUUUUGGAUCUGAUCACAACUGGACAGGCGGGCUGGGGCUAAACAGAGGAUUGUAAAGAGGAUCAGAGAGACUGUGGUGUUGUCUGAGUAACUGGCGACUGAUCUACAAGACUUGCCUUUUGGAUUUAAAGAAACAAAAGAAAAAGACUGACCCUGACCCACAGUCUCUCACUGUUCUGGAUCACAGCUGAGUUAAUAGAGGUGGUCUGCACAAGGCUGGUGUGGAGGAUCUGACCCCAACUGACCCUGUCUCGCAAGUAGCCUUUCACUGAGCCCGGACUGGGAAAAGGGACAAAUAAAAGUGCAAGAGAGGUGUCGUGGAGGACAGACGAAAGGCAGAGGAGCAGCACAGCGACCGCUCGUGCAGAAUGCCAGUGGAGACCCUGCGGCCCUCAGAUGGCCGUCUGGCCGGGGGCCCCUUUACCUCUGCCAUGCCUUUCAGGAUACUCAAUAAGGGUCCGGAUUAUUUCCGCCGACAGGCUGAGCCCGGGGCCCGCAAACUGAGCGCCGUGGAGCGCCUGGAGGCCGACAAGGCCAAGUAUGUUAAAAGCCAGCAGGUGGCACUCACCCGCCAGGCCCCCAUCCAGCCUCCAAUCAUCCGCAAGCCCCUCGUCCCUUCAGGGAUGAUGAUCAACACCCCUCCAGCCCGGAAAGUUAACCGAUCGCCGGCUGAGGGGGAGAACACUGCAGGCAGGCAGGGAGCAGGAGACAGGAGACGACCUGCUCUAAACUUGGAUAUUCUAAAUAACCUAAUCAAUGACGUAUGUGAUGGACCAUCACAUUGUUCCCAGUCCUCUUCCUCCACCUCCCCUUCCUCGUCAUCUCCGUCAUCGGGAGCUAAGAGCAUCAGUAGCAGUCUUUCAGGAGAGCAGGAGAGGAGCAGCCGACUCUCCAACAACCUCAAACCUUUGAAUCACGCCCUCGCCAACUCAUCGUCCACCUCCUCCUGCACCUCCUCUCCACUCAACAAUCAUCUUCGGACGGUGGCAGCAGAAGUGACUCGACGUCCACCCCCUGUGCCAGCUCGCGCACCCCGCUUUGGCGUUCCAGUUCCCUACAGCUCCCCUAACUCGGUGACAGUACGCAGGGUGGACGUUCGGCCUCAUGCUGAGAUACGGAAGCCCCAGAGAGCUCAGCUGCAGCCACAGCUCAGGCCCAGACAGACACCCCAGGGCCAAGUCGCACACCCCCAAGUCCCACCCCCGUCACCCCCUCCCCCCUCCCAGAAUCAACCGCAACCCCUCCCUCAGUCAUCCCAAGCCAUCCCCGCUCCUUCAGCCUACCUGCCACCCAGUCCAAUGCUAGUCCGAGCAGGCAUGAUCCCUCCAGCCUCACCCGCUUUCACCCGCAUCUCAAACGCCAGCUCCAAAGGGUCUGCCCGCAAGCACCCAUCACUGCACCGCUCCAAGUCGGACCUGAGUGACCGCUACUCCCGUGCCACAGCUGACCUGGAGCGUUUCUUUAACUACUGCGGGUUAGACCCCGAGGAGGUGGAGGGAAUGGGCGGGGUGGAGCGCUUCACGAGGGCCAACUCAGACAUUGUGUCAGUCUCCAAGCUCCGAAGCGUUAGCACGCCCAGCUCGGAGUGUGGGGACGACCGGGUCAGGGAGGACGAGGACGACGAAGACGACGGUCCGUCAAGGGCCAGCGAGCGGGUCCCGUAUGGCAUCUCUGUCAUCGAGAGGAACGCUCGAGUCAUCAAGUGGCUGUACGGCAUCCGACAGGCGAGAGAUUCUAACAACGCCGUCUCUAACGUAUAGACCGUGAGGGACUCGGACUCCUGUUUGUUCAUCUUUUGCUGCCUUACGUUACAGAUACGGAUAGUCCUGCAGUUGAUGUGUUUCCUGUAAAGACUUUCUUUUUUGUUCUCGGAAUUUCACAUCAGAUGUUUAGAACUGGGCUGCAAGUCAGUACUUGCAGCGGAAGAUGCACCCCCCCCCCCCUUUUGUAGGUCUUGUAUAACAAUAUUGGUAUUGAAAGCAAUAAUAGUCAGAGAAUGGUGAGGAUGAAGGCAGAGGAUAAUUGCGAUAGGGUCUCCUUAUGUAAAGGUACUCUGUGUGCGUGCGUGCGUGCGUGUGUGUGUGUGUGUGUGUUGGCACAAAGGCAGACUGCCACUGAGCAAGCCAGGAAGAAAACCACGUUGAUACUGUGAAACUUUUUCACACAAAAAGCUUCUACGAUCAUAUUCCUGUUUUUUGUUUUUUUUUGUUUUCAAAAACCUUUUAGGCUGUUGGACUGUUAUUAUACACGUUUGUGUCAGCAUGCAAGUGAAUCAUUCGUAUACAUUAUAUUUUAGGGUAUGUCAUCAAGCACACGUCUUCCUUGCACAGAAGUUUGCUGCACUGACUCACGUUCAGGUCAAUUACAGUUAGUGCUGUCUGUAUAUCGGAGUGCAACGUCUUCUAAUUGUGCGCAUCCGCAACACUUUCUCACAUCGUGGCUCACGCUGUGCUGGUGCAGCCCGAGAAAUCAGUUUGCUGUGUAUGUCCCUGCACGUAUGAGAGCAAGUCAUAUGAUGAAGGAUGAGCUCACAUGUAGACGGUUGAAGUAAGUGUAACAUGACAAAGAUAUUUAGCCUCCAGGGUGGGGAAAAAAUUGGAGGGAAAAACGAAAAGAUGGAUGAAAGGAAGACUGAAAAGAGAAUACUCAUGGAUCAAAAGAAAAGCUACCUUUGCUGUAUGAAUAUGUCUGCGGCUCUGAAAGUGUCUCAGGAAGAUGGCAUACUAACAAAAUGGACCAAUAUUUAUUUGGAAAAUGUAAUUUAAUGUAUUUUUUAAUAUUGGAUGACUUUGUGUACAGAAUUCAAUCUCUGUUCUUAAGUGCAAUCUGAUGGUGUUUACUAGAAUCACAGUAUAUGUAGGAUGACAGUUAAAUCCAGGAAGGAGACAAAUGCAAAGUGUGAAUGUUGCACCUGUCUCUCUGUGGGGAGCACAGAAAGUGAGACUGUUGUGUAUUUAUUCAACUUCCUGUUUGUCUGGGAACAAGAGGUCUGUCUCCUCCCUCACCCUGUGUGAGUUCUCUCGAGUUCUCCUCUGCAUCUACUGCCUUCGUAAGCUAUCCAGCAGUGUGAGUGGCGGUCACGUUUCCUCAGACGAGAACACAGGAGCUGUGACGGUGGUGAACAAAGUAUGCUGUUGAGUCCAUCACUCAAUGCCCAAAGAAUCUUCAAGAGAUGAGAGAUGGAAAAUGCUUUACCAUGGUGUAUUCUGAGCAGUUAAUAAAAAAAACAAAAUGUUCAAUUA